AUGAUUAGUAGUUCUGAUGUAGGGGAUGAGCGUGAGAAUUCGGCUGAUUCUCGCAGCUUUGCAGAUAAUUCUAGCGACUCUUCCAUAAUAAUGGGCUCCGUAAAGGAAAAUAUGGACUAUGAUAAUGAUGACUCUGAACAUACAAAUGGAGAAGAGUUAAAUUCUGAGAGGGAUGACAUAGAUUCAGAACACAUCGGCAAUGACUCAGAGGAUGAAGCUGUAUGUUUGGAAUAUGAAGGUGCCUCCAUACAUUAUCCUAGAACAUCUGACCAGGAAGAUUAUAGCUCACAGGAUAGUGAUGAAUCUAUGGAUGACCCUAGGACUACCGACAAAAAUGGACGCUACGAGACAUCCGGAGAUUCUAUGAGUGAAACGGAUCACAAAACUCCCAUCUACGAACGGAAAUACGAAGAAAAGUCGGAUAACACAUCAAAAUUGUCCUUAGAAUCUAAGCUAGUUCUUUUGGAGGAGGAAAAACGCUUGAUUUUGCUUCAAAAUGAGGUUUUGCUGAGCAGAGAGCGUUCUAUAUAUGAGAAAUUGGAGUCUCUUGAAGAAGAUUACGGGAUACAAACCACAAGUCUUUUGCAGGCUGAGCGCAAAGCAUCGAAGAUACAAAAGGAACUUGAACUCCAAAGGUGCAAAUUUGAGGCACGCAACAAAACGCUUGAAAACAAUUAUAGAGAUCUGUGCGAUAAAGUAGCGGCCAAUGAAGAUAACUGCUAUAAAAUGAGGCUAGAAAUGCAAAAAAUAAAGCUGCAGAAUACGAUAUUAGAAGAACUUUUGGAGAAUAAAAAUGUACUUGUUGAACAAUUGGAAAGAAGACUAAAUUCCAUAAAGGCACCAAAAGUUAGUUAUGAAGAACAGAAAGAUGAAUCUGGAUAUGUUUUAGAUUCUCAGAGUCAAGCACCCUAUGAAAAACAACAGGAAGAAGAUAAAGAAGUUACUACGCCCAUUAUCCAUGAGGAUGGAUUAUCGAAACAGGUCAAAAUUUUAAAAAGCAGAUUAGAGGCUUCACAGAGGCAAAUAAAGACAAUUUUAUCCGAGUUAGCUCACUAUGUGGCACAAUCUGUAGCUGUGCCUUCAGAUGCCCUUCCUGGAAAAUAUGAUGAUUAUUCUACUUUGAUCGUCGACUAUAAUUUGCAAUCGGCAAAGCUGGCGGAAUUAGAACUUGAACACGAUUUAUAUUCAUCUAGGGCAUCAAGAUUUGGAGAACUUGAGGCGCAGAUAAAGUUUUUAACUUCUGAACUCGCGGAAAAAACUCGUGCCUCUAAGGAGGCUGAGAAGGCGCUUGUUACCUCAUAUACAGAAAAGGUUGAUGAUCUCAAAGAGAAAAAUUCAGAUCUUCAAACUGAGUUAAAGCAUACAAAGACACUGUACAAAGACUUACAACGUACGACAGAAACCAUUAGAAGUGAAAAUAGUGAGCUAAAAAAUUCCUUGUCCACGCAUGUGGAAUCACUGGAGGACUUGAAAUCGCAAAAGAACGAGUUGACAUUAGAAAAUGAAAGCCUGCACAGAAGAGUACAAAAAUAUACUAGAGACCUGCAGAUGCUGAAAGAUGAACAUAGAGAGGUUUUAGAAAGAGAGAGAACAAAUACCAUUGUAUUCAAUGAAUAUAUAAGGCGUGCUGAUGACAAAAUUUCAAAGUUUGAAAAUUUGCAAACACAUGAUCCCGUUUCUAUUCCCUUAGAUGGAACAGACACAUCUCUCGAUAUAGCAAAUGCUUCACCUAAUUCUCUAAAGGCGAUACUAGAAGAUUUAAGUUCUAUAAAAUUGUUAAUUUCUAGCAAUGCGCAAUCAAUUGGUACCGACAAACCUGACAAGGAUUUGGAUUAUAAAACCAAAAUAUCGACCCUUGAGGCUGAAAACAAAAGGAUAGUUGAGAAUUACGGUUCACUCAAAAAUGUUUUGGAAUCUACGGAUGGUAUACACAACAAGUAUAAUAAACUAAAGGAAACAUUCAAGACAAUUGUAUCAGAUCUUCUAAAAAGAGAAAAGGUUCUAAUCGAUUCGUUGAGAAAUGCCGUUGUAGAAUGUCAUACGAGUAAGAAGAGGUUGAGAGAGCUCGAAUCUCAAAUUUCUGAGGGAGACUGCAAAUGCAGCAAGUACUUCAAGAACGUGGAUGGAAGCAUAGGUAGUAUAGAUGGGAAGAAAAGCAAAAGCUGCUACUGUAAAUCCAAGCAUCUAACACGACUUAGGGAUGUAAUCAUUAGGAAGGCACAAAAGUGCGAAUCUUGUACUAUUGCUAAGCUGUCAUUAAAUCCAGUGACACAUUUAUCCGCCUCACAAAAGAGAUUGAGCGUAGAGUCAUCUACAGGAAAUCCUACAAGGAUAGCAACCAGAUCACAAACAAAUAAUUAG